AUGCUGCAGAGCCCACCACAAGUGCGACGCCCACCAAAAGUCCGGGACACAAAAAGUCCGGGACAACCAAAGUCCGGGACAACCAAAGUCCGGGACAACCAAAGUCCGGGACAACCAAAGUCCGGGACAACCAAAGUCCGGGACAACCAAAGUCCGGGACAACCAAAGUCCGGGACAACCAAAGUCCGGGACAACCAAAGUCCGGGACAACCAAAGUCCGGGACAACCAAAGUCCGGGACAACCAAAGUCCGGGACAACCAAAGUCCGGGACAACCAAAGUCCGGGACAACCAAAGUCCGGGACAACCAAAGUCCGGGACAACCAAAGUCCGGGACAACCAAAGUCCGGGACAACCAAAGUCCGGGACAACCAAAGUCCGGGACAACCAAAGUCCGGGACAACCAAAGUCCGGGACAACCAAAGUCCGGGACAACCAAAGUCCGGGACAACCAAAGUCCGGGACAACCAAAGUCCGGGACAACCAAAGUCCGGGACAACCAAAGUCCGGGACAACCAAAGUCCGGGACACCAAAAGUCCGGGACACCAAAAGUCCGGGACACCAAAAGUCCGUCUGUAUGGCCGCCACCACUACCGGCUUCUUCGACCGACCAGGCACAACAUCAAGACUCAGUUCAUAAUGCUCAAUAAUUCGCCACAACUCCUCAACCUUUAA